AAGUUGAAACAUGUUACAAAUUCCUCCCCACAGGAACAUUACUGCUGUAGACGGUAACUGCUGCCGACGAAAGAUGCUACGGAGAUCGUCAUUUACGUUUUACUGUAUUGGAAUAUCCAUCAUAUUUGUGUGGUACGUACUGGCGAUAAUGGAUGCAAAAACGUCUCUACGAAAAACACAAGGGCUUCCAUUUCAAUCAUAUCAAGACAGCUACUCACACUAUCCAACUAAAGCCCAAAGGACGAAGGAACAGCCGUACACAUUCAAAGAUACGAAAAACAUGGAGAUGCACGAACGAAAACUGAAACUUCAAUCAUGGUGUAAAACAUUUCAGGAAAGAGACCAUGACAGUAAUAUAGAAACUACUCGAACUUUCUUCUACUCAAAAACAGCAAGAUUUGGCGUAUGUAAGGCACCAAAGACCGGCUGUUCAUUCAUGGCCAAGUUUUUCUUUGCACUGGAACCACAGAUGUCUGUAGUGAAAGCGUUCACUAUGGAUCGGUACGAGGUUCACAGCGGGGCCUAUGAAUAUGACGAGGACUUCAUGUUUAAAACUCUGAAGAAGAAAAGAGCGUUUACCGCCGUCGUGUCACGUGAUCCAUUUACGAGACUUUUCUCGGCAUACAUUGAUAAAGUAUUUCUGAUAGGAAAGCUCAAUAAAAAGUUUGGGUUAACGUUGAGAUCGCGUUUAUAUGCUACGCAAGAAGAAUCAUGUGGUUACGACAUUUCUUUUCAAGGAUUUCUUGACCAGGUGGUUGCUAUGGCAGCUAAUGGUGAGUAUGACGAGCACUGGCUUCCGGUUUCUAAUCUGUGUAAUCCGUGUCAUCUCCGGUACGACUUUAUCUGUAAAACGGAGACUUUGGACAGUGACUUAUAUCAAAUAGUGGAACAAUUAAAUCUUUCAGAAGAAAGAAAAGAGGCGAUAAAAAAUAGCAUAGCAACAGAAAAAGAAAACAAAAAUGAAGUAAUGUCUCUCAUUAAAACAACGAUGUAUGACCAUAGACGCUUUAAGAGAGAAUGUCCAAACGUUCUCGAUUUAAUGGAAAAGACAUGGAAAUCGCUUCAAAUCCGUGGAUAUAUCCAUGAAGCCUCGCCCUUUCCGAGGGAAAGGUUCUGGACGACGAGAAAAGGAAAAUUGAAAGUGGGUAAGAUUAAUGAUGAGGAUUUGAUUAACAUUGUGUAUGAAGAGUUCCUCAAUCGACCUUUGACCCCAAAGCAGAUGACUCGUCAAAGACACAGGUCGUUGGUGCGGGCAUAUCUUAACAUCAAACCAGAUACAAUCAGUAAAAUUCAGAAGGUCUUUGAAUACGAUUUCUUUCUUUUUAAUUAUGGUUUAGAACCCCCAGGUGAAACCAAGCAUUGAAAAAGUCGAUUUAAAUAGUCAGAUUAAAAUAAUCUUACAAUUAUUAGUGCUAUUGCGAAUUUUUUUAUGAAUUAAUUACAAUUGCG